AUGGGUGAAGACGAUUCAGCAAGGUCCAACAAGCGCGUAGAGCUGCUUCUCAGCGCAAAUGGUGCCGGUGGGAAGGAAGUGUAUGAAUACACCCCUGACCCUGGGUCCGUGGUGUCUCAUGCAAGUUCCUCACCAGACGGCAUUGAUAAAGGAGAUGCACACCGAUCAUUGCGGGGCGCAAAAGAGAUCGACGACACGGAGGUGCGUCCAAGUACUGCCUACGAAUUCUUCCGAGGAAAAACAUACAAAAGCACUGCUUUUCAAAAUGGAUUCUCCACGCGGCGCGCGUGGAGGGGCUCCAGCUCGGGUGUGAUGGAAGUUCGUGGCCAGCGAACGGUGCUCUCAGCCUACAAGGGCGACAAAGUCAGCGACAUCGGAUCUAUGUCCUCUACGGUAUCGGAAUUUCGUGAGGCUUCUUCCUUUGAAACACCCAUUGCCCGGCUGAGGCGGUUGCAAAGCGAAGUCGAGGAAAUGCUCGACUUCGUGUCAUCUUUCCUUGUGGAAGAGCGCGUGCACCUUCCCAAAGGGGUUGGCACAGAGGGCGCUGAGCCAGAGAAGGCUGCACCAUCGGACGAAGUCUCCGCCGAGCAGGGAGAAUCUUCCAAAUCCACAGGCCUCUUGCAGGUUCAGUACCAAGCUCGCCGGCUAUCUCAGGGGGCUAAAGAGGCUCUCCUUUUUGGGAACGAUCCACUGUCCCUUAUUGAGGAACUCAAGAGGCUGCGCAUGCAAGUUUCGAGUGUGCUGAGCGAUAAGAAAACAGAGGCGUUGGUGUCGCACAUCGAGCCAGUUACGGGUAUGCGGUCUGGAGCAGCGCUGCUGGCGCAGCACCUGUCCACGGCGUCUACCCAGCUGCAGCAGGUGCUUGCCAACGAGGCGGAAGCCCUAUCGCUUCCUUCUAAAAACUCGGCUGCGACAUCGGCAGUGGCCGUGAGAGUAGGCGACGCACAGCCAGCGGCUUCCGGAGGAGUGACAGCUGGAGACGGUGGCGCGGAGCUGGCUUCGACGGCCUAUGAAGUCUACUGUGUUCCUUCGCUGUCACCCAUGAUCGAGCAGAGCCGCAUCACCUUCUUAGAACGGCGUUUGGCACUUGUUGAAAACAAGAUGGGUCUUCACAAAAUGAGUCUCCUCCCCCACGCGGAUCUCUUUGAGGCUGUGAACGAAAUGCAGCAGCGCAUCAAGCUACUCGACGCCCAAAAGAUCGAAAGCCUACAGAAGCGCGUUCAAGGGCUGCUUCUGGAGCUGCACGCCUUGCAGCAGCGGCGGCAUGAACUGGAUAUGGCAGCGGAGGGUGUAUCGACACCCGCCUAUGGGGCGAGUGUAGGCAGUGGCGGGGAGUAUGGGCGGGGGCGCAACGCGGGGGCCCCUGCGGCUGCCAGCGACUGGCAGCGCGUGGAGGAGCUCUACGACAUUUGUGAGAGGUGGAAAGCCCCUGCAGCGGUGCUGCCUUCUGUGUUACAGCGGUUGAAGCUGCUGAAAGGCAUUCACCAGGAAGCUGGUGGUGUAUCUGUGCGUCUGUCCGUGCUGGAGAAACAGCAGGAGGAGCUGCAGGCGUGGGUAAAGAGGGCGGACGAGGCAGUUACGCAGCUGCAGAAAACCGUGUUGGAGAGCAUCGAAUGGGCUCAGAGGACAGUGUCGCAAAUGCAGCAGCGGCUGGUGGCUGUGGAUGCCUCGGCGACGACUGACACCUAA